AUGACAGAUAUUGAAAAAGAUAAUAAUGAUAGUAAUGAUAAUAAUGUUGGCACAACAACAACAGAACCAAAAGUAAUAUUUAAAAGACAACAAAAGAACAGAAAUAUUAGAAAAAGAGAUAUUAGUAGUACUAUUCUACAAGAUAAUAAUAGUAAUUCUGAAACUUCAGAAGAAUCUACAACUAAAGAGAAUGAUAUAGAUACAACUAGCAGUAGUAGUGCAGCUGCUCAAGAUAAUAACGAUAAUGAUAAUGGUCAAGAAGAAGGAGGAUCAACAUCAAUAACAACAAAGAAACAAAAAGUAGUAGUAAAUCAAUAUACAACAAAGAAUGUAACAAAGACAGAUCAUUCAUACUCAACUACAGGCUCUGCAAAACCGAUGAUGAGUGAAGCCGACUCGUCUGCCACUUUGAUUGAGCGUGAAGACAAUAUUCCAGAAAACACAGAUAAAGAAUCGAUAAACAACGACGAUGGAAUCUAUCGUGGAAUGAAAUCAUACAACAACUACAUCGAGAAGAAAUCGGAUUUGACCUAUAAGGGUGCCGGUGUAAAAGCAGGUCCAAUCAAAAUAACAACUUCAAACUAUAAAACAUCAGUUAGAUUUGAUUAUCAACCAGAUGUUUGUAAAGAUUAUAAACAAACAGGUCAAUGUUCAUUUGGUGACACUUGUAAAUUCUUGCACGAUCGUAGUGAUUAUAAGGCUGGUUGGCAAGUGGAGAGGGAAUACGAAGCCGAGCAGAAACAGAAAAAGAAAGAUAAAGAAAGUGAAAAAGAACGUGGUUUUAAAGAUACAGAGGAAGAAGAAUUACCAUUUGCUUGUUUCAUAUGUAGGAAACCCUUUGAAAAUCCAGUGAUGACAAAGUAA